AUACCAAAAACUGGUACAUGCACCACGGUUUAUCGCAUGAUUUUAUAGUUCAAACACGAGUAUAAAUAUCUGAAUUUAAAAAAUAAGAUCACUUAAUUCACUUAUUUAAAAAUGGAAACGUUGAAAGUGUUAGCCGUUUUCGUGUUACCAUUGCUUGGGCUUCAUGGAACGCUGGGGCACGGGCCGUUUGCUGGGCAUAAAGUGAUAAGAGUAAUUCCGCAUAGCGUUCCGGAAGUGAAACUUUUACAGAAUCUCCUGUCAGAAGAACAGCACUUGGACGUAUGGCGUGCCCCAUCAAGCGUUAACAAUUCCGUAGAUAUUCGUCUGUCACCGUUUGAAUAUGAUGACGUCACAAAUUAUCUGCUGGAACAAGACAUGUCCGUUAAAAUCAUGAUUGAGAAUGUUCAGCAAAUAAUUGAUGAACAAAAGGCCUACAGAAAUAUUAGAGAGUCCAAAGCCAACGAAUUUGACUACACAAAAUACCACAGGUUAGACGAUAUUUAUGACUGGAUGCAGAAUAUAACAAAUGUGUACAAAGACCGGGCCACCUUGUUUAACGUAACAAAGUCUUAUGAGGGGAGAGAAAUGGUUGGAAUAAAGAUUAGUACACAGCCACAGAAUGCGGACAGACCAGCGUUCUGGAUUGAAGGAGGUAUUCAUGCACGUGAGUGGAUCUCCCCAGCUACAGUUAUUUACAUGGCUGGACAGAUGCUUGAUAGGUACAAGAUUGAUACGGAUGUAACGGAAAUGGUGGACAGUUUUGAUUGGUAUAUACUUCCGGUUACCAACCCAGACGGGUACGAGUACACGUUUGUUGAUGAUAGGACACGCAUGUGGAGAAAGACUAGAUCAAAGCAAGGUAUCUGUCGUGGUGUUGACCCAAACAGGAACUGGGAUCUGGAGUGGUGUAAGGAAGGUGCAAGUAAAGAUCCGUGUUCAGACACAUACUGUGGACCAAAAGCUUUCUCUGAAGUUGAAGUAAAGGGGGUUGCCGACUUUCUCAGUAAAAUCGAAAAUCUGAAAGGAUUCAUAGAUUUCCAUAGUUACUCCCAGCUAUGGAUGUCGCCAUGGGGUUAUACCAAGAAGCGCCCAGAGGACUUCAAACUACAAGAUGAAGGGUCUGCUAUGGCUGUUGAUGCACUAGAAAAGGUUUAUGGUACAAAAUAUGAACAUGGUACCAUUUCUGAUAUUAUAUACGUAGCAAGUGGCAGCAGUGCAGAUUGGGUAUAUGGGAAACUAGGAGCAAAAUUUGCGUAUGGUGUUGAGCUUAGAGAUACAGGGAAAUACGGCUUCUUACUUCCAGAUGAUCAAAUUAUACCAAGUGGAAAAGAGACAUUACAAGCACUGAUAGCACUUGCUAAAUAUGUACUCAAUAAUUAAAACCAUUCAUGUACCAAUUAAUAUGUGCAAUAAUAAAUAUAUUACAGUCCAUUUCAAUGUUGUAACUUAUAAAUAAAACUUUAUAUUUA